AUGGCAACUGUUGCAGUGCUAGAGGAGGUGCUGGUUUCCAUUGAAAGUGAGCUGCAGGCAGUGGAGAUGCAGAUUCAAGAGCUUGUGGAUAAACAGCAGGAGCUCAUCCAGAAGAAGAUGAGGGUAAAAAGUCUGAUAAAGCAGUCUGCAGGAGACUCGGAGGCAGGUGGAAGUAAGGACACCGAAACCUCAGCCGAAGCAUGGAACAAAAAAGAUUUUCCAUGGUAUGAGAAGAUAAAAACGGCACUGCAGGGCAAGUUUAAACUCCAGAAGUUUAGGUCCUUGCAACUAGAAACAGUAAAUGCUGCAAUGGCGGGAAAGGAUAUAUUUCUCGUCAUGCCUACAGGUGGUGGAAAGAGCCUUUGCUAUCAGUUACCAGCUGUCUGUUCUGAUGGUUUCACACUUGUGGUAUGUCCUUUGAUAUCACUCAUGGAAGAUCAGCUCAUGGUUUUGGAACAGCUUGGUAUUUCUGCAACUUUAUUAAAUGCCUCAAGCAGCAAGGAACACGUGAAGUGGGUUCAUACCGAGAUGCUAAACAGAAAUUCACAGCUGAAGCUCAUUUAUGUGACCCCGGAGAAGAUUGCAAAAAGCAAAAUGUUCAUGUCGAAGCUAGAGAAAGCUUAUCAAGCAGGCUGUCUUGCUCGCAUUGCUGUAGAUGAGGUCCAUUGCUGUAGUCAAUGGGGCCAUGACUUCAGGCCUGACUACAAGUCUCUUGGUAUCUUGAAAAGACAGUUUCCCAAUGCUCCCUUGAUUGGAUUGACAGCAACUGCUACAAAUCAUGUUUUAAAGGAUGCUCAGAAAAUUUUGCACGUUCAGAAGUGCAUUACCUUUACUGCAUCUUUCAACCGGCCCAAUCUUUACUAUGAGGUUCGACAUAAGCCUUCAAAUAAUGAAGAUUUCAUUGAGGAUAUAGUUAAGAUCAUUAAUGGAAGAUACAAAGGACUCUCAGGAAUUGUUUACUGUUUUUCUCAGAAGGAUUCUGAGCAAGUUACUGUGAGUUUGCAGAAACUGGGAAUAAAGGCAGGGACAUACCAUGCAAACAUGGAUGCUAAAUGUAAGACCAAAGUUCAUAAAGGAUGGGCAGCAAAUCAAAUCCAGGUUGUAGUGGCUACUGUUGCUUUUGGCAUGGGAAUUGAUAAACCUGAUGUGAGGUUUGUAAUUCAUCAUUCUAUGAGCAAAUCCAUGGAGAACUACUACCAAGAGAGUGGACGUGCAGGUAGAGAUGACCAAAAAGCUGACUGCAUCUUGUAUUAUGGUUUUGGAGAUAUAUUCAGAAUCAGUUCAAUGGUAGUGAUGGAAAAUGUAGGGCAAGAGAAGCUGUAUGAUAUGGUGUCUUACUGCCAGAGUAUGAACAAAUGUCGCCGGGUCCUUAUAGCCCAUCAUUUUGAUGAAGUUUGGGAUUCUGCAGACUGCAACAGAAUGUGUGAUAACUGCUGUAGAGAGAACU